UCCAGCCCUACCUGUGUGUUCUGAUAAACCCUAACAAAACCCGAAGAGGAGUGAUAAUAAACAGAACAAGGUUGCUCUCAGCGUUGCGACCGAAAAUUGAUUGAGAUGAAUUGCAAGCGUCUGAUUUCCGGAGGGUCAUGGCUACUCCGCCGGCUGUGCACCGCUGCCACUGAGGCUCUGCCACCGAAGAAGAAGGAAUCUCUUUAUCGGAAGAUAUCAUCGCUGAACAUGACCGGAGGGAGCGUGUCUCAGAUACUGAACCAGUACGUAAUGGAAGGCAACGUCAUCAGCAAACGUGAGCUCGAAAGAUAUGUCGUGGAGCUCCGAAAGUAUCGUAAGUUCCAGCACGCACUUGAGAUAAUGGAAUGGUUGGAGAGGAGGAAAAUUAACUUUGCUUUGAAUGAUUAUGCGGUGUACUUAGAUCUUGUGUCGAAGACCAAAGGGGUGGCUGCUGCUGAGAAUUACUUUAGUGGUCUUCCACCGCGUGCCAAGAACAAGUUUACAUAUGGUGCUCUUUUGAACUGUUACUGCAAGGAACAAAUGACGGACAAGGCACUGGCUCAUUUUAGAAAGAUGGAUGAGUUGCAUUAUGUCACUAACCUGGCCUUCAACAACUUGAUGACUCUGUAUAUAAGGCUGGGUCAGCCCGAGAAGGUGCCUCAGCUGGUGGAAGAUAUGAAGCAGAGGAAGAUCCCCUUGAAUGAUUUCACAUAUCAUAUAUGGAUGAAUAGCCUCGGGAAUCUGAAUGAUCUCGACGGUGUUGAAAGAGUCUAUGACGAGAUGAAAAGAGAAAACAAUGACAAAAUUGAUUGGCAUACUUAUUGCAACCUUACUUCUAUCUAUGUAAAGGCCAAACAGUUUGAGAAAGCCGAGUCUAUGCUUAAGAUGCUAGAAGAAAAGGCGAAACCCUCAAUGCGUGACGCUUAUCAUUUCAUGCUUUACCUCUACGCAGGCACUUCUAAUCUACAAGAGGUUCAUAGAGUGUGGAACUCCCUCAAGACGGUCUCCCCAGUGACCAGCACAAGUUAUUUGACUAUGAUGCGUGCCCUUCGGAAGCUUAAUGAUACGGAGGGUAUAAUAAAAUGCUUUAAGGAUUGGGAAUCUAACACUGUUGGUUAUGAUAUAAGGUUGGUUAGUAUUGCUGUCAGUGCUUACUUGAGUCAGAACCUGUAUGAAGAAGCUGAAUCACUCUUUAAAGAGGCUACUUGUAAGAGCAAAGGACCUUUCUUUAAGAUUCACGAAUCGUUCAUGAUCUACUUCUUGGAGAAGCGUCAGUUGGAUAAUGCCAUGAGCCACCUUGAAGCACUGGUUUCAGAAAGCAAAUGGCACCCUACACCAGAAUUAGUAGGUGCUUUUCUGAAGUAUUAUGAAGAGACAGAUCUUGAUGGUGUUGAGGAGUUAUGCAGGAUUUUCAAGAGUUACAAUUAUGAUGAUUCCUGGCUUACGACGUACAUUACAGCAUCGAAAGUGUCUCCUGAAGCUCAUCAAAUGUUGAAAGAAGAUUCUCAAGCAAACCAUGAACUUCAGAACCUGCAAGCUGACAUGCACUCUGGAUAGGUUCCUCCUGGAAGAUCAAUCCUUUCUGCAGCAUGCAGAUGCAAUAUAUUGAAUCAUGAUUUGAUGAUUAAUAGCAGUUUUUGAGGUUGACAUUUUGCAAGUCUAUGGUGUGGACCAAAGCCUUUUUGUUCUUUUCAUAAUUUUUUUCCAAACAUAGUUUUGGAGUUCCAAAUUAUGAGCAGCUACAGAAUUCACCAUCUAGGAAAGAUGGCAUAGACGAUGCCAUUCAGACCACCCUUACUUACAAUCUAUGGCUGAAAUCUCAGCUUUUAUUUUGCUUUGCCUGUAUCCUUUUAACUAUUUUUGUUAUCUUAUCGUUGUUUUUUAGCAUAUUAGUAUCACUCCAUUUGUUAUGUUCUGCCUAGUCUCAAUCCACUCGUAUUUGGUUUGGAUUGUUACCUUAAUAGUCUGGCAGACUGCAAGUUGUCAUGGUCACAUGGCAGGUUUUUGUUCUGUUUCUUCUGUUUUAUGAACUAAGAAGUCAUUCGCAAGGUUCAAUGUAAGGUCAUUAUUGUCUUGUAUUCUUCUUGUUCCUUCUCUCUAUUUAUAAGCAAGCCAUUGAUAAGCUGAAAGAAUGUAAGAAAUCUUAUUAUGACUCCAAAAGCACGGCUGCUAAAGGGAGGAGCAAGAGAUGAGUUGAAGUCCAAGUCUGACUGUCAAAUGGAGGCCACUUUGCUGGACCGCGACGGGGAACAGGAUCAAUAAAGAUAGGAUAGGGAUGAGACAGGGAUGAGGAGAGGGACAGAACAAAAUUCAGGGAUCAUGAUUGGAGGUGGAUUAAGGAGCAUCUUACAUUCUUACUAACAGUGAAACAGCUUGAUUGAAGAAAGCUCUAAUCUCUGGUGUAUUACUGUGGGCUGUGGCUAGUUGAAAAGUGAGGAUUUCUGAUCCAGAUGAUGGUUAUUCUUGAUCUUGGAUAUGGAAGAUGAAGGGUCCAAAGAAAUUCAGAUAUUUAAUGGGCCACUUCUCCAUGAUGCAUUACAAAAUUGCUUAUUCCAUAAGGAAUUCUGUUGGUUCAAAUAAAUUACGGUAUUUCCAUUAUUUUGAUUCAUCACUUAAUUUUUAUUUUUUCAAUUUGACUUC